CUCCCAUGUGGCUGAAAUCAAUCCUGUUGAAAGACCAUGUGCUUCGAUGCCCCUCUCUGUGAAAGCUGCUACGCCUAACGUUCGCCAUCGUAAGCCUAAGAAGCAAUUUAUUGAGCCUGUGAAGCCAUACACGACCGGUCUCCCGCCCAAAAGUAGCAGCCCUUCCUUUGUUCCGGUCUCGUCUUACCCGACCACUGUAUCUUAUGAUAGUAACACAGCAGCUGAGCAACUAAAGGCGACGGAAGACUUAGUUACAUUGUAUUUGACGCCUGAGGACGAUUUCACACAGUCACCCCCAUGGAGCAGAUACGUAUGUCCACACAAGCCUAAGAAGAGAUCUAGGAAGAGAUCUAUUGAGCCUGUGAAGCCAUACACGACCGGUCUCCCGCCCAAAAGAAGAAGCCCUUCCUUUGUUCCAGACACGCCUUACCCAGACACUGUAUCGGGUGUUCCUAACACCACUGCAGAGCAGCUAACGGCACGCAAAAGACUUGAGUCCUUGCAUCGGUCGUCGCCUAGUACACCAACGCCCUACCAGCCACCAAGUGUCUCCAUUGAGAGGGAACAAAAGGAUUCCCCUUUACAAAAGGCACCUGAAGAGUCCUUGCAUUGGUCGUCGCCUAGUACACCAACGCCCUACCAGCCACCAAGUACAAUCCAUGCCAUAGAAGUAGGCGAAGUAUCCGAAGACACCGGACUAACAGCAACAGCCCCUACAUCACGCCAAACAAAUCGUGAAGCUACAGGCGAAGGGUCUGAAGACACAGAGCUAACAGCACCCGUCCCUACAUCACGCCAGACAAAUCGGGAGCUACGGGAGAAGAGUCUGAAGACACUGGACCAACAGCAACACAGCUUACACCCCACCAACUGUGUCAGGCUGCUUUGCAGGAGGACCCUGAAUAUAAUGUAG